ACCACGAAACAGUCACUUAUAGACCAGCUCUACUUCACUAAAAUCGACGAGCGCUUAAUAAGCCUGACCGCAGCCCAAGGGAAAACCUGCCGCUGGUUCCUCACCAAACCUGAAUACAUAUCCUGGCACGACGUGACGCAACAGCCAGACCACGGCGGGUUCCUUUGGAUUAUAGGUAAUCCUGGCACUGGGAAGUCAACUCUAAUGAAACUCCUCUUCGAUGAGGCCAGACUUAACGCAAAAAGUGAUGCCUCGAAAAUCACGCUGUCGUUCUUCUUCCUCGCGCGAGGCACAGUCGAGGAGAAGUCGACGACGGGUCUAUACCGCUCUCUUCUCCACCAACUCUUUGAGAAGGCGGAAGAUUUAAGAGAGAGCUUGGAGUGGAUGACAGCUGAUAGCGCGAGGGUUAUCCAGCGGAAUGGAUGGCAUGAGGAAGCGUUAAAGGAGACGUUAACACAUACUGUUCAAAAGCUUGGGAGUCGGUUAUUAACAGUAUUUAUAGAUGCGCUAGAUGAGUGCGAUGACAACCAGGCUAGGGGCAUGGUUUCCUUCUUUGAGGAGCUGUGCGAUCGCGCGAGAGAGGCACAGGUUCUGUUGCAAAUUUGCUUCUCUAGUCGGCAUUAUCCGACUAUCUUUAUUCAAAAAUGCAUCAAAAUCACUCUAGAAGACGAAAUCGGACAUACGGAAGACAUUCAACAAUAUAUCAAGUCGAAACUCAAGCUAGGCAAGCGGAAGCAAGCCGAGCCUCUUAGGUCCGAAAUCCUCGAGAAAUCUUCAGGGAUUUUUCUCUGGGUCGUCUUGGUCCUCGAUAUUCUUAUCUCUGAAUACCCUGAUAACUCCGUUUCUAUCAAGAAGAUGCGUGAGCGCCUUAAGGAAAUCCCGCCAAAACUGACUGACUUGUUUGAGAUGAUUCUUAUGCGCGAUGGAGAAAAACUUGAGCGGCUGCAACUUUGUCUUAAAUGGAUUCUAUUCGCGACUCGUCCUAUUAAACCGCAGGAGCUCUACUUCGCGAUUCAGCUUGGUCUCGAUAAAUCAUGCUCCGGCUGUUGGGACCAGGAGGAUGUGGAUUUGGAUCAAAUGAAGACCUACGUGAGAAGUUCCUCGAAGGGUUUGGCCGAAGUCACGCGGAACAAGGCCUCAGAAGUCCAGUUUAUCCACGAGUCUGUUCGAGGCUUCUUAUUUGGUAAAUAUGAGGGUCAGUGGUCUGGGGUUUCCGGCAACUUCGUAGGUCAUUGCCACGAAACUCUAAGGGAUUGCUGCCUGGCUCAGCUAAAAGCUUCAAUCAGCCAAGACGUCGAUAUCCCAGACCCUCUACCGCAGGCAUCCAAGGCAGCACAGCUGCGGGAGACUAUUAACUUCAAGUUUCCCUUUCUCGAAUAUUCGAUUCUUAAUGUCCUACACCACGCCAACAGCGCUCAACAUAAUGCUAUAGAGCAAGCGAAUUUUCUGGCCAAGUUUCCUCUCCAACGGUGGAAAUUCCUUAAUAAUGCCCUCGAAAGAUACCAAAUUAGGCGAUAUAACGAUCCAGUCAGCAUGCUUUAUAUUCUUGCAGAGAAGAACUUGGCCGACCUAAUUCGAAUCCAUCCUCAGAGGGAGUCCUGCUUCGAUGUUGAGAAUGGGCGUUAUGGGCCGCCAAUUUUUGCCGCGCUGGCUACUAGCAGUAGUGAAGCUGUUCGUGUACUUUUCAAUAUCCAAGCGCAAAUUCAGCCUUCAAUGUCUCCGCUUCAUGACUUAUGCAAACAAUACUGUCAGAAUAAAGAGAAAUGGGCCACCCUUGGACUCGGCUUUACUUUCUCACGAAAAAGGGGUGUUCUCUCGUAUGUUGCAGAGUAUGGCGAUGAGAUACUCCUUUCCUUUCUAAUUGAGUCGGGACAAUCUGCGUUAGACACUGUGGAUAUAGACAAUCGGACGCCCCUGUUAUGGGCUGCUAAACGCGGACACGAGGGCAUUGUCAAGCUGCUGCUCGAGAAAGGGGCUAAUGCGGACGCGGCUGAUGGGGGUGGAUGGACGCCACUGCUCUGGGCCUCUGAGGGCGGGCACGUCGACGUCGUCAAGCUGCUGCUCAAGAAAGGGGCUAAUGUGGACGCGGCUGAUAGAACUGGACGGACGCCAUUACACUGGGCCUCUGAGGGCGGGCACGUCGACACUGCCAAGCUA